GCAAAAUGUUUUUAACUCACAAACUUUGAUCAUGACGGUUGACUUGGAGUUCCAUCUGAAGGUGACAUUGGUGCUGGUCGCUGCAGUGCUAACUUUAACCUCCGCAUUCGCAUCUAUCAAACGAUUCCUCGCCUGCCGUCGAUUUGUGCGCACCCACGGCUGCCAACCUGUGUCCAAAUCCUUGAAUAAAGAUCCCUUCUUAGGACUGGAUGCCAUUCCCUGGACUAUCCGCGCUGUUCUGCAGCACAGAAUCCUUGAACGCACUUGUGAGCGCUUCCGCGUCUACGGCAACACAUUUACCGUCAAGGAGCUGCAAAGACGUGCGAUCUUGACUGUCGAGCCAGAAAACAUCAAAACAAUCCUGUCCGUUAAGUUCCAUGAUUAUGGCAUCAAAAACCGCCUCAAGCCAUUCCAACCACUGUUGGGCAAAGGUAUCUUCGAUACUGAUGGCGACCACUGGGCGUCCUCGCGCGCUCUCAUCCGACCCAGCUUCACCCGCGACCAGGUAGCGGACUUGACUACACUCGAGGCAUUGAUUCAAGAUCUCUUCAAAUUACUGCCACGAGAUGGAAAGACUAUUGUGGAUUUGCAAGAUCUCUUUUUCCGCUACACGAUCGAUUCCGCGACCGAGUUUUUGUUUGGACAAUCGGUUGGUACGUUGAAGAAGAAUCACUCGGACGUCGAAUUUGCCCAUGCUUUUCAUUAUGCCCAGAGGGCCGUCAUCAUACGCGGUAUGCUGGGCCCUUUGAAAAUGUUUUACCCUGAUCGAAAGGCGGAUGAGUGUAAUCGCAUCUGUCGGGACUUCGCCCAGCAGUUCGUCGAGGAGGCAUUUCGCGCAGUCGCAAUACAGAAGCAAGGCCAAAACAACCCCAAAGCUGAAUUGAAACAGAAGAAGCACAUAUUCUCAAACGAAUUGGCUUCGCGGACAACCGAUAAGAUUCGUGUCCAGGAUGAGUUGAUGAAUGUUCUACUAGCUGGACGUGAUACUACUGCUAGUCUCCUGAGCAACCUAUUCUUCUCACUAACCAAGAAUCCAGCAAUUUGGGACAAGUUGCGUAGGGAAGUAGCUAGUCUAGAUGGACGAGCACCAACUUACGACGAGCUUCGCAGCCUCAGAUACGCUCGAUGCUGUAUGAACGAAUCCCUUCGUCUACAUCCAGUCGUACCACGCAACGAGCGCGAGGCGGUACGAGAUACCGUCCUGCCUCUUGGAGGAGGCAAAGAUGGGCUCUCGCCAAUCUUCGUGCCGAAAGGUACCCUGGUGGGCUACAAUUUGUACGCUAUGCAUCGAAGGACAGAUUUCUAUGGACCAGACGCAGAGGAAUUCCGGCCAGAGCGCUGGGAGGAUGGAAAUCUACAGCCCCACUGGGAGUAUCUACCCUUCAAUGGCGGGCCACGUAUCUGCAUCGGCCAGCAAUACGCGUUGACUGAAGUUGGCUAUGUUCUCGUUAGGAUGGCGCAGGAAUUCGGGGUUCUGGAGAGUUGUGAUGCUGGACCGUGGGAAGAAUCACUGACUUUGACGCUGUGCUCGAGGAAUGGGACGAAAGUGUGUCUUACGCCCGCUUGAUUGGGUCAAAUGUAGGUCGAUGGGGAGUGGGGUUGAAUAAUGAUGCCGCAAGAUGGUAUGCAAUGUAUCAUAUGUGGUGUACCACAACGUCAUUCACUCUUCAAAAUCAUCUCACAACCC